AGAGAAGAAGAACUCAUGUUAACGUCAUUAACCCUGCAGGUGAGGGAGCUGGAGAAUGAGUUGGAGGCUGAGCAGAGGAAGGGCACUGAGUCUGUGAAGGGUGUUCGAAAAUAUGAGAGACGUAUCAAGGAGCUCACUUACCAGACGGAGGAGGACCGUAAGAAUAUGGCCCGCCUGCAGGAUCUGGUGGACAAACUGCAGCUGAAGGUGAAAUCCUACAAGAGAGCUGCUGAGGAGGCUGAGGAGCAGGCCAACACCAACCUGGGCAAGUUCCGCAAGCUGCAGCACGAGCUGGACGAGGCCGAGGAGAGGGCUGACAUUGCGGAGUCCCAGGUCAACAAGCUGCGUGCCAAGACCCGUGAUGUGGGCUCCAAGAAAGGGCAUGAUGAAGAGUGAAGCUCUCAGAAGGACCUUUCUGAAAACCUCUAGUCUGCUGUGCUUUAGUCCCCCUCUGCUUUCUCUCUGCCCUUCCUCUAAUUCUGUAGAAUAAAACUGGUUUCAAAACGGU